GCGGGAGCCGCGGGAGAAGUCGCGUCUGAUUCACUGGUGAAGGUUGUGCAGAUGAUUGGCGAUGAUGGUGAACGACUGAGAUCGAGUGAUAUCUGGACCAUCGCCCGGCAUCCAUGGCCCAGGUGGCUGCCACUUCACUCAGUGACAUGUAGACUGGAUCCCAUGACCUAGUGACGCGAGAUCAGCCGCAAAAAUAGGCAACUGGUGCGGAAACGAGACAGGGCCGCGGGACGUCCGCGCCUGCCUGCGGCUAGGAGCUUUCUUCCAAGAGUGUACUAAUGUCAUGGGUUGUUUUGGUAGCGCUGGGGCGAAAGGUGACGCCGAGGAAAACAAAAGGCGGAAAGAAGCAAACAAGAAGAUAAACAAGCAAAUCCAGCAAGACAAGCAGGUGUACCGAGCGACGCACAGAUUGUUAUUACUAGGAGCCGGAGAAUCAGGGAAAAGCACCAUUGUGAAGCAGAUGAGAAUUCUACAUGUCGAUGGAUUCAGUGAAGAAGAAAAAAGAGAAAAGAUCCAUGCCAUCAGGUGCAAUAUCCGCGAUGCCAUCUUGACCAUCACCGGCAAUAUGUCUACCUUAACGCCCCCAAUAGCGCUCGAAAACCCAGCCCACCAGUUCCGCGUCGACUACAUCCAGGACGUGGCCUCGCAGAAAGACUUUGACUACCCGGAGGAAUUCUACGAACACACCGAGAUGUUGUGGAAGGACAAGGGAGUACAGGCCUGCUACGAGCGUGCUAACGAGUACCAGCUCAUAGACUGUGCCAAGUAUUUCCUUGACCGGGUCCACAUUGUCCGACAGCCAGACUACACUCCCACUGAGCAAGAUAUCCUACGCUGCCGAGUCCUUACACUAGGAAUUUUUGAGACCAGAUUUCAAGUAGAUAAAGUUAAUUUCCAUAUGUUUGAUGUGGGUGGACAGCGAGAUGAAAGGAGGAAAUGGAUCCAAUGCUUCAAUGAUGUCACCGCCAUUAUAUUUGUCACCGCUUGCUCGUCUUACAACAUGGUUCUACGAGAAGAUCCCAGUCAAAACAGGCUACGGGAAUCUUUAGAUCUCUUCAAAAGUAUAUGGAAUAACAGAUGGCUACGCACAAUAAGUGUUAUCUUGUUUUUAAAUAAGCAAGACCUGCUGGCAGAAAAGAUCCGGGCAGGCAAGAGUAAGCUUGAAGAAUAUUUCCCCGAUUUUGCCCGGUACCAGACCCCACUAGAUGCCACUGUUGAACCUGAAGAGGUACCGGAAGUGGUACGCGCAAAGUACUUCAUCAGGGACGAAUUUCUAAGGAUAAGCACAGCCAGUGGUGAUGGGAAGCACUACUGCUAUCCUCACUUCACAUGCGCCGUGGACACUGAAAACAUUCGCAGAGUGUUCAAUGACUGCAGGGACAUAAUACAAAGGAUGCAUCUCAGACAAUAUGAACUUUUGUGAUGGCCAGUAGGUGUGGGUACCGUGGGCGGCAACAGUAUCGCUCCGUGCGAGCGACCAAGGCAGACAGGUUGGGCUGAGUGGGGUGGAGGAUCCAUGAGCACAGAGUAACCCUCCCCGUCUAGUCUCCUCAGAGGAGGGUCCUCAGUCCUUCAGGGUCUCCACUAGACCACAACAGCCUCAUCUGCUGCUCACUCGUGGCACAACAUCAACUAAACCUAACAUCGUUCCCCAAACCCUUUCCCCCCUAAACCUCUUUAUUUGAUGAAAUUUUAUUAUUUUUAAGACAGAAUGCUACACUGUAAUUGCACGCACAGAUAAAUGGUAUUCCUAUUCUAGAUUAUAAUUUUAUUUCCGAAACUCCUAAACUAAAACUGUUCUUGUCUUUUUACUUAAGCCAUUACAGGUUUUUAUAAUUCUAUUGUGAUACAAAUUGUAAGCAAAAAAUCCUUUCUUAACCAGGGAGUACUGACUGCUUCACAGUACUCCGUGGGGAAGUUCCUUAUGCUGCUAACACUUACUCUGUUCUCAUUUAAUUGUUGCCUUUCAAAAUAAAAUUUGAGUGAUGGUUUUCUGGUUAUUUAGCACAUUCUUUCAAAUAUUAAUGGGAUACCUUUUAUGAGGACAAAGACAAAAUUGUCCGAUAUGUAAACUACUUAGUGUGUUGUAUCCUUGUCAAGCAAUCUACCCUUCUACCCUAUUGGGUGAACUUGUUUCUCUCCACCACAACACCAUACUUGGCCUCCUUGGUCUGGCCCCAUCGACCAAAAAAACUAAUUGUGGGCAUCCCUUCCCCAGGUCCACUUGGCUCUCCCAUGUGUACCCUACUUCCUGAUCCCCAAGUUAGCAACUGCCCAAAUCUUCAAAGUUAGUAUUGUCAGUUGAUUGUGUGCAAAAUUAAAAAUUUCUUAAUUUAGAAAUUUUUGUUUCACAAAAAAUGUUCUGUCUCAUGCUUUUGGUGUCCAUAUUUUUUGCUAAUUUUAUAAAUAUAUAUAAUAUAAUAUAAUAAUAUAUAUAUAUAUUAUGUUGGUGGUAUGUGAGCCUAUAUUUAUGUGGAAGGGCAGAGAAUGAGCUCAACCCUUCGCCCUAUCAGUUUGUUGUGGACAUGGCAAUUUGAUAAGUUUUAUCUAUUUAUUUACCUAUCAACACCAGAGAUCUGCUUUCAUGAAUCUUCUUUGUGGAGGAAAUCUCAGCUAGAUGGAAUUUAUUUUGUACUUUUUUAAUUUAUUAAGUAAUAAGUGCAACUAAGUAGACUGGUGACAAUUAUCUGUGUAGUCGUGAUUGUGUUAAAACCCACCAAAUUGUGCUAUAAUAACUGAGUUAAUGAUCAGUUCUGCAACCAAAUAAGUUUUCCCAAGCUUUACCAAUUUCACUACUGAGUAGUUUUUUUUUUUUUUUAACUUCUGUUUUAACCGCUGGCACCUCUCUCUUCUGACCCUAUCACUUUCCCAGAGCAAAACUUACAUUAUUGCUCUUUCUUCUUUAGUUUACAUAAUAAAGCAAUCUUAAAAAAGCUUGAAAGUGAUGAAAUGCCACAUUUAAUUUUGGUUUAUAUUAUGUUGGCUGGCAAGAAGGUGAGAGGUGCUGGCACACUGGAGGGUGUGGAUAACACUUUCCCAUUGUGGGGACGAGUGAGAGCUCCUACAGAAGGUAGAUACUACAUAAGCUUUCUCAGGGCUAAGGUUGGAGUCUCCUGCUGUAGCUGGGCUCUCACUAUCAUUCACAAUUUGCACACUGUAUUAGCCAGCUGUGCAUUGUUGGAUGGCAGUAAAGUUUGCUGUCUUUGCUGUGCUGAAUGUAGGAUUUUUUGAUGGAAUAUGAAAUAAUGUACAUCUCUGAAUGCUGAUAAAUGGUUUUUUUAAUGCGUAUUAUGAAGAUGUAUGAACAACUUUGUGGGAAAAAGAAGUUUACUUGAAAAGUGCCAAUAUUAUACCCUAGGCUGCGAGCAUAGGUAUAGCGGUGAGUUUAAUGCACCAUUAUGAGAGUUUGGCCGGAGGAGUUGGACGGCACCGGGUGGUGGUGUUGUCGCAGGGUUGGUGCCGUGAGUCACUGUGGUCAGUCUAGUUGGUGGCUGGGGAGGAGGGUGCCAUGGUCCCCUUGCUCCCUGGAGUCCAUGGCCUCUCCCUCACUACCAGCCAUCCCACAACAUGAUAGCCGUGGGAAUGCUAGUUUGUGGUUAUGAGGCCUCAUUGGUCACUCACAGCCACACCAGCAUCCAUUACCACGCACCUUAGUUAGGUGGCUACCGCUGUGGUCCCUCUACUUUGCCUGUACAAAUCCCUUGUUUAGUCUGCCCUCAGGGCAUAACACCAGCUUGUGUUUUAUGUUAGAGGCUUGUGUAGUGCGCCUAGAACACCAGAUUGGUUUAGCUGCGCUUCAAACCCAAUAGUCUCCAGGGAGCAUUACCCCCCAAUUCUUCCCUUACCUUGUUCUUCCCCACUUUCCCUUCUCACCCAUACAUCCUUCUCCACUUUAAUUCUAAACCUGAAAAACCUAAUCCGACAGCCUUUUCCUGGGUGGCAGGUAGUGUAUAGGCCUUCCUGGCUGUAGCUCCUGCUACCAGACCCGUAGAGACCAAGCCCAAAACUGGUAGCCAACUUGGAUGGAAGGAAAAUUCUUCACAGAAUUUAUCUUUCAAUCUGAUUCCUUCUAUCGUCACAAUCCUCCCCAUGUAGUUAUAACCUAUAAAAAGUGUUACAGAAAAAAUUAGAAUACCUGAUUUUAUGUAAUUGAAUGUGUUCGGUUAAUGUAUACCAGCUCUGUGUAUUGCUUUGUAUUAUGGCUAAAGUGUAGGCAUACCUUAACAGUGAAGCAACAAGAUCAGCUGCAGGAGUGCUGUGGGUGCAGGGUCAGUCGUCCUGCCCUCACAUGCUGGCCAAUGGCCUCAUCAAUAUGACUGGCCAGUUUGGGCGACUGCCCCCUUAUGAGCUAGGUGCCUAGAUGGAGUUGCAGAGGCUCGGCCACACCCCGGGGGCUGCCCGUGGGCGGCCAACUUGUCUCGUCUCCCAGUGUUGGUGGCCCACUCACCCCCAGCUGCCCCCGCAGGUCAGCCUGCCCAUGCACCCCCAUUUACACCCUUCUCGUCACACCUGCAUCACCAGAACAAGUGGAAGCGGUUACUCGGAUCCUGGGUUAACAUUACUAUCCUAGCACGUCAAAUAUAUAUUUCAGAAGUAUAUUUCAGAUGAAUUUAUUCAAAUGCUGCGUAAUGGUCACUGUAAAUUGUGUAAUUGUGAAUAAAUUUACAAUGUCUUAUUUACAAGAAG